AUGUGUGGUGCGGAUCGGGAACACUCUCCUGGCGGGGCACACGGCGACCACGACGGCCAGGCAGCGGUACCUAAGGCCCAGCCAAUCACCAGCAGCCAGUCCGACCACAAACAGCCCGCACCGUCGUCUUCUCUGGCUUGGACUCGUCGGAGAGUGCACCUAUCAUCAUCAUCAUCAAUAUGGCCCCACCUCGAGGGCGAAGAGGAGAGCCUGAUUGGGGACGACGACGGCCUCCAACACGACCUCUUCAGGCCGUCUUCGCCCACUCAUGACUCCCACACCCCUCGCCAUCAGGCUCCGGAUCCGGCAGCGCUCCUGCCCGUCCAGCUCCAGAAGAUCCUCGCAGACCCGGGCGCAUACUUCUAUCGCUGCGACUUGUGCAUCUCCAGACUGGCCUUGAAGCCCGGCGCGCUUCCCCAGACCCGGCCCCAUCCAAGACACGCUUUCCAGUUCAGAGCUAUCGACCAACACGCCGGCCUCGCAUCAAACUUCCUUAUCAAAAUCCUCUGA